AUGAAAUUAAGGAUUUUUCUUAUUUCUGCUUAUUGCUGGAUUUUUUGUGAAAGUAUUUUAAAUCAUUUUGACAAAAAUAAAGAUGUUCAUAUAAUUACUAAUGUUCUACAUGAAGUGGCUGACGAAUAUUUAUUGAAAGAAGACAAUCAACUUAACAUUGUUACAAUUGAAACCAAAUCACAACUUUUAAUGGAAGUUUCCAGGAAUUUUGUUGGAAAAGCCAAAGAAAAGUUUUCAUUUCAAACAAUCCAUCAUAAAAGUUUUUUAUUAAACAGUAACUCAACGUUGGCAAGUUCAUCAUUUUUAUUUAUGGAGCGUACAAGUACAUUAAGAGACAUUGAGCAUUUUUAUGAGAUUGAACGUAAACAAAAUCUACCAAUUAAAUAUUUUGCUUUCAUUUCUGAUUUAACUUAUGACGAACUUAAAACUUCGAAUAUUUAUAAAUUCUACAUGAGAAUACCAAUGAUGAAGAGUGCAAUAUUUCUCUAUACAUAUUUUAUUACAAAUGAUGUAGACACAGUGACAUUAUCAACAGUUGAAUGGUUCAGUCCUUAUAGAUGCAAUCGUGCUCACUUAACUAAGUUGAAUUCAUUUGACAAGAAAACAAAGAAAUGGAAUUCAAAACUUAAAUAUUCUGAAAAAUUCAUGAAUUAUUACAAAUGUGAAUUAGUCAUGAUGCUGCCAGUUCCACAACGUGAAGGAUCACUUCAUCAUGUGUCUGGAUAUGCUUUUGUGAAUAAUGAACAAACAGGUUUUGAGAUUCAUGGAGUUUCUCCUGUUAUUGUUGAGAUCGCAUCAAAAUUUCAUAAUUUUACAUCUGGUUAUCAACCAGUGUUUAUGAGACCAAAAUGGCUAAGGUCAUUUCAUCCAGAACCUAUUAAUCCAGUACUGAUAAAUAAAUCCUUUAAAUAUUCAAAUAUUUAUUUUGAAAUUGCACCAAUUGAUGUGGUCAACACAGAAUUAAGGAUAUCAAAAGUAGUUGCGAAUCUAAAUGGAUAUAUGCUUGUUACUCCUGGUGAGAGAUUUACACCAUAUGAAAAGUUUUUACUACCAUUUGACGCCACAACUUGGAUUUUUUUAGCAAUAACAUUUUUGGUAACUUUUGUGGUUAUAUUUAUAGUGAAUUAUUUAACUUUACAUGUUCAACAAAUCGUUUAUGGAAACAAUGUAAAAACACCAACUCUUAAUGUGGUUAGAAUAUUCUUUGGAAUGGCUCAAAUGAGAUUGCCAAACGAAAAUUUUUCAAGAUUAAUUUUAGUAAUAUUUGUUUACUUUUGCUUAAUUUUUCGUACAUGUUUUCAAAGCAAAUUUUUUGAAUUUAUGACAAGUGAGCCAAGACAACCACCACCUAGGACUAUUACAGAUCUUAUUGAUAAAAACUUUUCAGUUUAUGCAACAUCAAGCAAUAUAGCAGCAGCUGGGGGCAUUUUCAGGAUUGAAAAGUGGCCAAAUAUAACAGAAGUAACUGAAAAAUACUUCAAUUAUGCAUAUUUAACUCAAUCACAAAAUGCUUCAGCUAGAAUGGCACUAGCUACUGAUGAGUUUUACAUGAACUUUUUUGAUUUACAGAAGAAAAAGAGAAUUCAUGACUGGAAAAAACUGGAAUACACUACCUUGUGGUCAUCAUAUGAUGUCUUUAUCUUUCAUGGAACUGCUUUUUACUUUAGAAUGUUGUUUAAAAUCAUUGAUAGCUUAAUACCAACUGGAAUUAUGCAUCAUUUAAUACAAGAACAUUUUACAAAAAAGUUUAAAUUUCAAAAAGUUCAAAAAAUACCAAGAAUUCUCAAUGUUAAUGAUCUUUUAUUUGGUUUUAAUAUUUGGCUCGGAUUCUGUGUGAUUUCUUUCAUUGGAUUUGUUUUAGAAAUUUUGACAAAACUUUUGAAAAAGCCAAAAAAAAUGAAAUAUGCAAAAAUUCAUCCAAGCUUCGAAGAUAAAGAAAUAGAAGUUUUUACGACAAUUAGUCCAGAUUUGAUUAAGAAUUUCAAAACUAAGAAAUAUCAACAAACGGAAAAGGAAGUUUUUGAAGAAAAUCAAAAAACAAAUGAAAAUAACAAAUUUGAAGAUGAUAACAUUGAGGAUCUGAUUCUUGAAUAUUUGUUAAAAACUUCAGUAUUUCUAUUUUUUGAGUCACUGGAAAAUUAUGGAGAAAUUGAAAAACUUUACCAAGUUGUUCGGAACUAUAAUCAGCCAAUUAAGUACUUUGCUUUUAUUCCAAACUUAACAUUUGACAAACUUAAUUCCUCAAAUAUUUUCGAAAUUUAUGGGCGAAUUCCAAUAUUUGCUAAUGCAAUAUUUCCUCAUGCUUACUUCAUUACUAAUGAAGUAGAUACAGUGACAUUAUCAACAGUCGAGUGGUUCAGUCCACAUGGAUGUAAUCAUCCAUAUCUUCACAAAUUGAACGUGUUUGAUAAAAAGUCACAAAAAUGGAACUCAAAACUUAAAAAUUAUGAAAAGUUUUUGAACUAUCACAAUUGUGAGCUCGUCAUGAUGCUUCCGAUUCCUUUUGGAGAUGGAUCUGUUUAUCAUGUAUCUGGAUAUUCAAUUCCCAACCAAGCUCUCACAAAUUUUGAAAUUCGUGGAAUAACGCCAAAAAUAUUUGAAAUUGCGGCACAAUAUCAUAAUUUUAAUGCUGAAUAUCAGCCUGUUUUGAUAGAAGACAACUGGAUGUUGAAUAGACAACGACAUAUACCUAAAAUAAUUGGUAUUAAUGGUUCUGCUAAAGAAAUAGAUGUGUAUUUUGAAAUUGCUCCAGUAAAUUCAGUCAAUACAGGUUUGAGGAUAUCAAAUGUAGUGACAAAUUUAAAUGUUUGGAUGUUUGUGACUCCUGCCGAAAAGUAUUCACCAUAUGAGAAGUUUUUCCUACCAUUUGACUUACCAACAUGGGUUUUGUUGCUCAUAACAUUUCUAAUGACAUUCGUUUCAAUAUUCAUUAUUAAUCAGCUGUCAAAAUCUGUUCAGAAUCUCAUCUACGGGCAAAAUAUCGAGACACCAAUUUGGAAUGUGAUUAGUAUCUUCUUUGGAAUUUCACAGACUAAAUUGCCAAGCAAAAAUUUUUCUCGUUUCAUUUUAACAAUUUUCGUUUAUUUCUGUUUAAUUUUUCGAACAUGUUUUCAAAGUAAAUUUUUUGAAUUCAUGACGAGUGAGCCAAGACAACCACCACCAAAAUCUAUUGAAGAUUUGAUUGAUAGAAACUAUACUGUAUAUGCUUUGAAAGCAACUUUGUAUCUCUCGCAAACAAAAGAACAUAAAAAAAUACAAUUAAACAUCCAAGAAGCGAAUGUACAAUUUUUCUCUACUGCAUUUUUAACUCAAUCGCAGAAUUCAUCAGCAAAAAUAGCACUUUCAGUUGAUGAUUAUUUCUUAAAUUAUCACGAUUCAUUAUCGAGAGAAAGAAAUUACGAGUGGAACAAGAUUGACAAUUUCGUGUUUUAUACAACACAAGAUGUGUUCCUAUUUCAUGCAAAUGCUUAUUACUUCCACGUAACGACAGAAUUCAUGGCCAAUGCAAAUGAAAACUUUGCUUAUAAUCUGAGGUCAUUUAAAGUAAACGAUAUUAAUAAUCUUUACAUUUUAACAAAUCCAAGUUUUUUAUUUUUCGAUUCUUUGAACAAAUUUGAGUACAUUGAGCAAGUUAUUGACGUCAUUCAUCUCCGAAAUCAACAAAUUAAACAUUUUGUGUUUAUUCCAAAUUUGUCAUUUAAAGAACUUCAAUAUUCAAGUAUAUUUGAGUCAUAUGAUAGGAUACCAUUGCACAGAAAUGCCGUAUUUAUGUACACAUACUUUAUCACAAAUGAAAUAAAAACAGUGACAUUGUCAACUGUUGAGUGGUUCAGUUCUUAUGGUUGCAAUCGUCCACAUCUGCAUAAAAUAAACUUUUAUAAUAAAAAAUCAAGGAGUUGGAAUAAAAAACUUAAAGAUUACGAAAAAUUUAGGAAUUUUCACAAUUGUGAGUUAGUCAUGAUGUUGCCAACUCCACUUGAUGACGGAACACUUUACUAUGUGUCCGGAUUUGCUUUACCUAAUCAACAGCACACGAAUUUUGAGAUUCAUGGAAUAUCAACAGUGAUUUUUGAGAUUAUGUCACCACUUCAUAAUUUCACAGCUACGUAUCAACCAGCAAAUAUACGACCAGAUUGGAUAAAACUUAUUGAAACCAUCCCACCUGAGCUAGUCAUGAUAAAUGAAACUAUUAAAGAGCCCGAUAUAUAUUUUGAAAUUUCACCUUUAAUUGUUUUUCACAAUCGUUUACAAAUCUCAAAAGUUGUAACCAAUUUGGAUAUCUUAAUGUACGUAACACCAGGUGAAAAGUACACACCAUAUGAAAAGUUAUUUCUUCCGUUUGAUAUGCUGACGUGGACUUUGCUGGUUGUCUUCUUCCUAAUCACAUUUUUAACAAUAUUGUUUAUAAAUCAAAUGCCAAAAUCAGUUAAAUAUCUAGUGUAUGGAUACAACGUUACUACGCCGACAAUUAAUGUUAUCAGAAUAUUUUUUGGAAUUUCACAAACAAAACUGCCGGAUAAAAAAUUUUCAAUGUUCCUUUUCAUAAUUUUUGUUUACUUUUGCCUAAUCUUUCGAACAUGCUUUCAAAGUAAAUUUUUUGAGUACAUGACAAGUGAACCAAGAAAGCCAUCACCAAAGUCAAUUGGAGAUUUAAUCGACAGAAAUUACAGAGUCUAUUCAAUGCGGGCAACCAGGGAUGCAGCUAGCGAUAUCAAUCGAGUAGAAAGAUGGCCGGACAUCAUAGAACUAGAUGCUCAUUUCUUCCUUGACGCUCUUCUUAAACAAUCACAAAAUGCAUCAGCUAAAAUGGCACUUGCUGUUGAUGACUAUUUUUUGAAUCACAUUGAGUCUCAAGUUAAGAAUAAGAGUUACGAAUGGAAAAAACUUAAAAAUGUUGUUCUGUUUAGAACCUAUGAUGUUUUUAUAUUUCACGGUGCUGCUUGUUAUGCAAGAAUAUUGGAUAACCUAAUAAAUAAUUUGGUAGCAACUGGAAUUAUGAAGCAGUUAAUUGAAAAUUUUUAUACGAAAAAAUGGAACUUUGCAAUAGUUAAAGACCUUCCACAAGUUUUAUCAGUGGAUGAUCUUUCGUUUGGAUUCAACAUUUGGCUAGUAUUCUGCUUGGUUACGAUUUUUACAUUUCUUGGUGAAAUUUUAUGCAAGUUUAUUAGAAAAACAAGAAAAACCAAAAAAAUUAAUUUUGCAAAAGUUCAUCCUGAUUCUAAACACUGCAACCAAAUUAAUAGAAUUCUGAAACCAGAAUUGAUUGUGAAAUUUAGAACUGAUUCGAAACAUAAAGUCGAUGAUUCAGAAGCUUCAGGAACAGAAAUCACAAAUACCAAAAUUUAA